AUGGUAGUGGAGGAACAGUUGAUGCAGGAACCAGAGAGCAUAUGGAUGAUGGGGACCCACUGGAUAGAGCUUCCACCCCUAGCUCUAUCGAGUCCAGGACCUGAAAAUGAUCUCGGUCCCCUGAUUCAGAGGAUGGGGAUUUCGGACGACGUGAUGGACAUAGAUGAAUCGAUCCCAAUGUCUUCCCAUGGAGCAUCCAGGAGGAACUCAGUCCUUUGGCCCUCUUGCCCAAACUCUUUCCCCAAUGGAGAGUGGACCAAUCUCCUGGCAGGACACAUCAUCAACUUGGACCAUGUUUUAUCCAGAGUUUACUCCAUCAACUCCGACAGUUGCAAGCAGAAGUGGUUGGGAUCAUUGGAGGUCAUUGUUGGUGGCAGCAAUCCCUUGCGAACCGUCUGCACCCACUCCAACUGGGUCAUUGCCUGGGACAUGUUUGUCCAAGCCGCCCUCUAUGUUUUCCCUCACCAAUCCAAUGAACUUACUGCCUAUGGAAAGUUCAUCCGCCAACUCUUCACUUCCAUACCCGUCAAGCGUCACUUCCGAGUCAUCCAGUUCAACCGCACUGCGUCCCAAUGA